AUGGCUGUAGGUGGUAAUAACUGGAACGUAUGGCUACGAAUGUCACGGGUCCAGCUCAGGCAGAUCACCAAAUCGCUUGACCGGACGCUAGUGGGGCUGAGCCAUGGGAGAUUUCCCCUUCAAUACAAUCACAAUAUCUUCACCACCUGGUGGAGAAGUCUAUUUGAUGCUUCUAUUACUUUCAGAAGAGCAAACAGAUUCACUGCUUCACCGCUUACCAGAAGGGGUGUCGCUGGGUUUGAUCGUUUGAGACCUGCUGCUCACGUCAGUAGGUUUGCCACUCUGUCCAGGGUUCCCAAAGGUGCCCCCAGGGGCUUGUUUACCAACUGGAAUAUGGUCGCUUCAACUAGAUUGCUGGGACAGAGAGCUUACUCUACUUCUAGUAUCAAGUUCACCCAGGAAGCCGUGAAUAAUAUGACCGUAUCCCUAAGAUGUUUCUUCAACUCAUUGGAUGGGUUGGAUCAAUGUUCUCACUCAACCUACUCCAAGACUUUCCAGCAUGCGUCUAAUGCUAAACAACAACAGGUACAUMCUCAACCUGUUGCGUUCAAGAGGCUGUCUCAAAAAGAUAUCAGUUUCAUCCGUGAUUUGGAGUUAUUCAAAAUAAUGAAGACCCAAAAUCAAAUCAUUAACGAAUCCAGCCCAUUAUUUGCCGAAAAAUCUGGAUCUUACAUUGAAUUCACUGUUCCUGAAUUCAACGUUAAUGAAUCAGCUUCUGUACCCAUGUCAUUUCUAGAUCCCGCUUUGUUGGGAGACUUGAAUGAAAAAAUUACAAACUACAACAGUGACUUGAAAUUGAUGUACGACAGCAUUGAUAUGAUCUUGAAAAAUUAUGGUUCGUUGCCCACAACUUUUCAUCGAAACAAGAUCCGAGUACACUUCCCAAACUCCACCGUGGUCGAAACAGAGAAACUGGUUGCUGGUUUGUAUAUUACUACAGGUAUUAUAUAUGCUGAUGCUUCUCUGGACAUUACUUUGGAAGAUGCUAAGUUGAAUGCUUUGGUUAAUGAUGACAAAUCUACAAGCAUGUGGUCUCUUGUUGACGAAGCCUCCCUCCCCGUUAGUACUGCUUUUUCACCCGUUCUAUCGGAAGCAUCCGAUGAUGAUUAUGAAUUUAUCUAG